GUUCAACCAUGGAUCUUGUGCUGAAUGUUGCCGACUAUUACGUCCUCACCCCGUACGUGUACCCCACAUCGUGGCCUGAGGACGGGGCUCUGCGGCAGAUCAUCAGCCUGUUGGUGGUGACGAACCUUGGAGCUGCAGUCCUGUACCUGAGCCUGGGGGCCCUCAGCUACUAUUUCAUCUUUGACCAUGAUCUGAUGAAGCACCCACACUUCUUAGAGAAUCAGGUUCGUAGGGAAAUCAAAUAUGCUCUAAUGUCUCUUCCGUGGAUCAACUUCCCCACGGUAGUUUUGUUUUCUGCUAAAGUUAGAGGCUACAGCAAACUGUACGACAGCAUCAGUGAUUCUCCACUGGGCUGGCCUGGUCUUUUCCUGAGUUUGACCUUCUACGUGUUUUUCACUGACAUGUGUUUCUACUGCAUCCAUCGCAUUCUACAUUACAAACUUAUGUAUAAGCUGUUUCACAAACCACACCACAUGUGGAAGAUCCCCACUCCCUUCGCCAGCCAAGCCAUUCAUCCAGUAGAUGCCUUUUUGCAAGGACUCCCAUACCACAUCUACCCUUUAUUCUUCCCUCUCCACAAAGUGCUCUACUUGCUGCUGUAUGUUUUUGCCAACAUCUGGGCCGUCUCUAUCCAUGAUGGUGACUAUCGUAUUCCCAGGGGUCUGACUGCUGUCAUCAGUGGCUCGGCUCACCACGCUGACCACCACCUCUUCUUUAACUAUAAUUAUGGCCAGUACUUUACACUGUGGGAUCGUCUGGGAGGCUCCUACAGGCACCCCUCGGGUUUAAUGGGGAAGGGUCCUCAUGAUUUGAUCAGGAAACUUCAAGCAGAGGGAAAGUUAGGAGGUGACGAAAUAAAAGGGAAAAGGCAAGUGAAUGGACACAGUUGGGGGGAAGUCACACACAAGGAGGACUAACAAGCAGUCAAAUCAUAAGUAUUUUUGUAAUGACAGCUCCCCACACGCAGCUGGAAAACAUCCUGGACAAUAAGUAAAUCGCAUACCUCCAAAAUGAGCCACUCCUAGAUUUGAGACUUCCUAAAUCAGUUGGCUACCUCUAAAUCAAUGUUAUUACACAUAUGCUUUGAAUUGCUACAUUUGUAGACGUAUCAGUCAUGUCAAUAAAAACAAAAGUACAAGAACAAGGUAAAGUAAUUAUAAGCAAUUACUCUGAAGGUUGAGUCAUGUCAACAGGAUUUCUUCUUUUCAGUAGAAACGUUUCACCACGCAUCCAGGUGACUUUGUCUAUGGGCGUUGUGCUUGUUAUAAGAACAAAGCCUGGGGGUGAGUAGGUGUGAACUCUCAAUCUCCUCCUCCAUCGUUACAUAGUCGAUGGAUUUGUCCUUUCUGUUGGACUUGUGAAGUAGUCUUGAUCUUCUUUGGAAUAAAUGAAAGGCCAGCAUGACAAAUGGAAAACAGAUUGUGUCUGAGGCCGCCUGCUCUGUUGAGGGAGGGUGCGUUAAUUUGUACAUGUAGCGCUUCCCUCAUCCCUUUCUAAACCCACUUGUCCUCUGUCCAGACUGUGAACUAUUACCUUCAAACAGGUGACCCUUUUCAUUCAGAUGGAGAUACACCGCUGAGACUGGGCCUGAUGUGUUGUUUUCGGUGUAGUGGCUGUUUGGUUUCACCGAUGUACUGUAUAGCUCUGAGCACUCUUCACUGCACUGGGCUACAUAAACUACAGUAUGUUUCUCUUCUUAUGUUUUGGGAUCUGAUCCUUUGGGUGAACAAGUUUCUAAAUGAGUGUAUUAGUGGGUUUGAAAUAAACAGGUAAACAGGAUUUAGGUAAUCACAUUAGCU